AUGUCGUCAAUCACCAGUCAAACUCAAGAAAUGGACACUCAUCAGAUAUCCAGUUCCAUCCCAGAGUCUCAGGUCCUCAUCAUCAUGACCGGUGGAACAAUCUGUAUGCAGCGCUCCCCCUCCGGCUUCGUCCCCGCGCGCGACUUUCAGCAAACCUGUCUCGCCAAGAUGCCUAUAUUUAACGACGGCUCACGGCCAUCUGUAAGUAUGGACGUCGUUGUAAACUCUUCAGGCGAAAAAAAGAAAUAUGCGAGUCUGAGGACCCCGCCUAGUCUGUAUGAUCGUCAAGUGCGGUAUACGGUUUUUGAGUUUGAGGAGUUACUUGAUAGUAGUUCGAUUGACUCCAAGGGUUGGGCGGAGAUUGCACAGACUAUUUAUAACAACUACACCUUGUUUGAUGCGUUCGUUGUUUUGCAUGGAACGGAUAGCCUGGCUUAUACAUGCUCGGCACUAAGCUUCAUGCUUCAAAAUCUGGGAAAGCCAGUUAUCCUCACAGGGUCUCAAGCCCCCAUGCUUGAACUGCAAAACGACGCUUCGGACAAUCUUCUCGGUAGUCUAGUUGUCGCAGGCCACUUCAUGAUCCCCGAAGUAUGUCUAUAUUUCAACUACAAACUCUUCCGGGGUAAUCGAACCACCAAAGUGGCAGCCAGUGAUUUUGCAGCGUUUGAUUCUCCCAAUGCGCCGCCAUUGGCUGUGACGACCUCGAUGAGGACGCAUGUCAAUUGGGAUCUGGUGCAUCGGCCGACAAGCAUUGAGAAUUUCAGUAUUCGGACAAAUCUGGAUACGAGUCAUGUUGCAUGUCUAAGGAUAUUCCCAGGUAUCAAACCAGAAAUGGUGGAUGCGGUUUUGCAGUUGAAAGGGCUGCGUGGGCUUGUCUUGGAGACGUUCGGCGCGGGCAAUGCGCCUGGUGGGCAGGAUAACGCCAUGACCAAAGUGUUGGCGAGUGCGAUUCAACGAGGGAUUGUCAUUAUCAACAUUACUCAAUGUCUCACUGGCCAUGUGAGCCCCGUAUAUGCGCCCGGAAUGACUCUAUUUAGGGCUGGAGUUGUAGCAGGACAGGACAUGACGACGGAGGCAGCAUUGACGAAGCUUGCAUACCUCUUGGCAAUGCCAGACUCAACUCCUGAAUCAAUUGCAAAAGACAUGGCCAUCUCAUUGCGCGGAGAACUCACCUCUCACUCUCAAACCGUCUUCCGACAUCCUGAAGGAGGACUUUCUGAGCGAACCACAACCCUUACAGCACUGGGAUAUGCGAUAGCACAGGGCGAUCUUGACAAGGUCAAAGAUUUGUUGAAAGGUGCGAAUGACUGGGUGGUGAAUGACAGUGAUUAUUCAGGGAAUACUCCUGUGCACAUCGCCGCACAUUCACCCUCCCUCGAAAUCCUACGCUACUUUCUCCUUCAAGGUGCAUCAGUCCAUCUCCGUAAUAGCGCAGGACGAACACCGUUGUUCCUGGCAGCUAGUGCCGGUCUGAUGGACCACGUUGUGCUCCUCCGCAAAUCCGGCGCCCAUCUUCAUGCAGAUGAAAGAGCGGUAGCAGAGAUGCAGGCGCGCCGACGACCGGGUAUAUGGGCAUUGGCAGGAGUGGGUGCCAGAAGUAUGAAAGAACGAGACGAGCUUGAAAAUAGUAAUCGUGACGAUGGUAUAGAGCACGCUAAUAGUAACGCCGGGUGGACUGGUAAUGUGCAGACUUUGGCGGGGUCGGCGCCAGCGUGA